CACAUCAGUGUUUGAAUGGUCAAUGCUGAACUGUUUUUUCUUUACAAGUUUAAAAUAUGUGAAAUAAUAUAAUCCAAAAGAUGAACUUUUUCGUUGAUUUUGAUGAAGAAAUGCCAAAUACCAUGAAAGUCGUGGUGAAUUUUGAGACGAUUGAUAGGCCCAAACUGAGGCCUGAUCUGAUUCGCUUGUCGUGGACUCAGUUGAAAUUAAGCAUAUAUCACGAACUACAAGGGAAAAGAACAGUGAGGAGUGAUCAGAUUUGAAGAAAUAUUGUUUAACGAUUCAAAUGCCUAGAGAUUUACUGGCCAAAUGAUGUCUCCAUCCAUGAAAGACUAACUUUAGCACCCCUUGAAGAAUUUUGUAGAAAGGAGUUCAUGUAGGACACUUGAUUAAUGUUAAGAAGUGGGGCAAAAUGAUCUUAUGCUCUGAAUUGCCAAGGAUAUGGAGGAAACACAAACAGACACUGUUCAAAACGAAUCAAGGAAUAAAUCUGUUUCUUCUUCUUCAGAUGGGGCUCUUAAAUUUAAAAGAAUGCACAGUGAUCGCCACCUGGCGGAUUCAGGAGGAGCACAAAGAGUGUCACAAGCCCUUUGGUCAACUGGAAAUCUUUAUGAGCCAAUUCCUAGUGGAUUCUAUUCUAUUUUACCUGAAAAAAGACUCAAAGAGAAAUAUGACAUGAUCCCUUCUCUUGAAGAGCUUCAUGUGUUAGAAUCAGAGGGGUUUAGGCUCAAUGUUAUUGUUGUUGAUAUGCAUAAAGAUAAAAAGGUGUCAAUGUUACAGCAGCUGGCUUUGACUUUGGCAAAAGGGUUGACUUCUAAUCCAGCUGCAGUAAUUAAAAAGAUAGGUGGAUUGGUUUGUGACUUCUAUAAACUCCCAAAUGUGGAGUUAAAUUAUGCAAAAACUGCUUGGGAGGAAGUCUACAAUGUACAUAAUCAAGUUCUUGCAGAUACUGUUGGCCUUGACUGUAGGGUUAUGGUGGGUUUACCAAAGGAAGCAGAAUCAGAGAGAACAGAUUCACACAGACACGUGUCUGUUAUUGUGGAGCUGAAUUCUACUGAAUUACUGGUUGAUAUAGUGAGGUAUCCAGGACAUUUGGUACCCUUUUCAACCAAGGCAGUAUACAUGUCUCAUGUGUAUGUCAUUGGUCAAGGUGAUUCUGGAGAAAAUGACUCAUGUGAUUCGCCUAUUGAACCCAACAGCCCUGUACAUGGUGCUGCAGAAAACACAGAUGAAGGUGACCCUAAUGCAGCAAAUGCAACAUGGGGGCGCAACAAAAAUGCACUUGCUGAACAAAGCACACCCAGUUCAAGUCCAGAGCAUUAUUUAUUUAGAGGGCAUGGAAGAUCUAUGCUUGGUGGUCAUAAAGAUUCUCCCAAAGGAUAUGGACAUGGCAUGACAGUAUCAAGGUCAGCAGGGGCAUCACCUACAGGAAGUAGAAGAAGACGAAGGAGAAGUAGUGCUACUAUGAUUCCAGAAAUUGGUGAUGACAUUGUAAGGGUUGUGAGAGCAAUGAAUGAUACUUUGAAGAGAAAUCAUCCUCCAAGGGAACUUGUUGAUGAACAUAGCACUAGUCCAGAUCAUCAGGAAAAUGCAUCUGGUUCACAUAACCAUAGGAGGCAAACGAGUUGUCCAAAAGCUAUCUCUUUACCUUCAUCUCCUCAUAAGUAUAGGACUCGUGUUCUUGGUUCUGAUAAAAAUGGAACUGAAAAAUUAGAAGGAAAUUUUGAUAUGAUCACAGCAUGGAAUAAGUUACUUGAAUCUUCCUCCAUUGGGAAUGAACCAUGGUUUCCAUAUCAUGAAUGGAAUAUUGACUUUUCUGAACUCACUGUUGGUUCACGUGUUGGCAUAGGGUUUUUUGGGGAAGUUUUCCGAGGUACUUGGAAUGGAAUAGAGGUUGCUAUUAAAGUGUUACUUGAACAGGAAGUAAGUGCUGAAAAUAUUGAAGAUUUUUGCAAUGAGAUUUCCAUAUUAAGUCGACUUCGCCACCCAAAUGUUAUAUUAUUCCUUGGUGCCUGUACAACGCCUCCUCACUUUUCAUUAAUCACUGAAUACAUGGACAUGGGGUCACUAUAUUACCUGAUUCAUGUGAGUGGGUUAAAAAAGAGAAUCAGCUGGCGAAGAAGACUCAAAAUGCUGUGUGAUAUAUGCAGGGGUCUAAUGUGUAUGCAUCGAAUGAAAAUAGUGCACCGUGAUCUGAAAAGCGCGAAUUGCUUAGUGAAUAAGCAUUGGAUAGUAAAGAUUUGUGAUUUUGGGCUGUCACGGGUACUAACAACCGCAAACAUGAGAGAUUGUUCGUCUGCAGGGACUCCAGAGUGGAUGGCACCCGAACUCAUUCGCAAUCAACCCUUUACUGAAAAAUGUGAUAUUUUCAGCCUCGGUGUCAUAAUUUGGGAGCUAUGUACUCUUCAGAGACCAUGGGAAGGUGUCCCAUCAGCCCAAGUGGUUCGUGCAGUUGGUAAUGAUGGAACACGACUUGAAAUUCCUGAAGGUCCUUUGGGAAACCUAAUAUCAGAUUGUUGGGCAGAACCAGAUCAACGACCUAACUGUGAAGAAAUUUUGUCACGCUUAAUGAGCUGUGAGAUGCUGAUUUAAUAUUUUGGAUUGUGGGUUUCAAACAUGAACAAAAUGAUUGGAUAAAGAUCUGCAAGUACAAUACUUCAAAUUUUGAUCAACAACAUUUAAACAUUUUUGCAUUACUAGCAACUGAUUUGCUUUCUUAGCAUCCAAAUGAAUAAAUGUAAGCUUAAAAGACAUUCAAAAGCCUAAACUAGAUAGAAAGUUUAUGUAAAUAUUAUCUUUAUAGUUUAAAGAGUGACUUGUGUUUGAGUUACCAAAUGCAGCUAGUCAAUUAAUUUGAAUGAUUUGGAUAUGG